UGCACACAUUUUUCAUUUUCAGCUAAACAUCAACUAAAGAUGAGUAACAGCAUAAAAACCGAGCUGCGUAACGCCAUUAUGAAGCUAAAAACUUUAGAUAAGAUUACUUGCGCAUCUGAUAUUAAUGAAGUACAAAUUAUUAUAAGACAACUAUAUCUUAAGAAUUUGCUCCCAGGCUUUGCGACAGCAGCACAAAUUAUUGGAGUUGAUCACUACAUAUUCGAUUGGACAGAUAUAGCAAAGAAUGAAUACAACGAUCUUUUAACAGUUUUGAUAAGUCUUUUUAACCAAGUAUGGCCAAAAUCAGGAGAGGAAAUAGUUGUAUUUAAUUUAUUUAAAAUUGAUCAUUCUUUUGCUUUUAUCUACGAAACAAUUUAUGUUUUAAACCAGGAACUAAAUAGGAAACCCAUUGAAGUAACAGAAGUAAUUACUGAGCUCUUAAAUGAUGACAACUUUUUGUGUAUAAGUUUCCUGCAUAUAUGCAGAGAGAAAGCAGCACUAAUCAAGCAACACGAAAGAACCAUAAAAUAUUUACCAGAGAUCAGUAUUGAAAAGUUGGAUGGAACCAUUGCUGAAUACCUACAAACUAUUAUUGCCCUCCCCAAUUGUGUGGCAAAUAAAUUUGAGAGUAAAAUACCAUAUAUUUUUAUACCUAAAAAUUAUGCUCAUCUCUUAUUAAAACAUUUCUUAAAAGCUCUUAACUUCAUAAGCAAAUGUGAAGACACUCAAAUUUUUAAUCUUGAGUUUUUAUCGCAAUUGUUGACACGCAUUGUGAUCAAUUUCUAUAAUGUCGCAGAUAGAGACAAAAAUUUUAUAAAUUUUUUGCAUAUAUUAAAUGAAUUAGCCAAAACCCAUCAACAUACUCACAAUAUUUUACAAACAAUUUUCUUGAAAGUAUCUGGAAAUGCAGCACACACUUUGGCACUGAUAAUGCUUAAAUCAAAUAUAAAUAUAUAUCUGCUGCUUGGAGAUGCAGUGCAGCAGUCAGAAACAUGGAAUCUAUGCUUUUUAUAUAAAUUAACAACACAACGUGCGCCUGAAAAGAAUGAGGAACUUGAAGCAUUGGUAGAGUAUUUAGCCAUAGUUAACAAAGCAGAAUUACUACCUAAACUACUGCAACAACUUACCGGUGCUUGGUGCAGAAGAUACGCAUUGCAGCAACUAACCAAUAUGGAACAUAUAAUAAUGUCAAAGUUACUAAUUUUGACUGCAAAACAUUUAUAUGCCACGAGGAAAAACGAUGAUAUCAAGGACAGUAAUUUAUUUAAUUUUAAAAAAAGUUUAUUUACUGGUCUGAAAAAUCAUUUAGAAAGUCCAGACAAUCUAAAACGUAUGAUUGGUAUGAAAACGGUUGAAAUAGUUUUUAAUUAUGCUGAAACCGAUGAGAAAUCAGAGGAAGAACGUCUUCAUUUUGACUAUGAAAAAUAUGACACAACAUCCAAAGGUCAGAUCUUAACAGAAUUAGAUGAAAUUGGUGAAGUCAAAGAAUAUAAACUUAAAAGUGAAAAAGCCUUUGAGGUUGAUAUGCAAUGUCUAGAAACUCUACUAGAAGAUUUCAUGUCUGCUGAAGAUGGUAAAGAAACUGUUCCAGUAACUUUAACUAAUCAAAAUACAGAAAUCAUCGAAGAAAUUAAACGCGAAGAAGAAACUGCAAAUAUUUCUACUACUAACAAAGUUGAAACUGUAAAGAUGGAGUUAGAUUCUGAUGAUGAUGAUUUCCCUGCAUACGACAUGUCCAAUGAUAUACCACAAAUAAUGGAAAAACGUCCAAAAUUUGUACUUGAUCUUUUGCAUACUUUGAGUACGAAAUGCGAUAGUUAUGAUAUAUUCGAAACGGCUUUGUCUUCUGCUGAACAAAUGAUACGCACACAAUUGCCACAGCAUGACCCAAAACUGGCUGUAGAUUUAAUGAAAAUAUUUUUACAUUUGGAUAUGGAGUAUUAUUAUGAAAAUUUCGAAAGAACAAAGUACAAUUGUGUAUUAGCAAUAUGUGUGAUACAACCGGAACUAUGUGCUAAAUACAUCUGCGGUGAAUUUCAUACCGAUAAUUCCUGUUAUAAUGCUAACUUGCGUAUAUUCAUGUUAGAAGUAUUGACUGGUGCAGUUAAAGAGCUUUCGGGCGCUACCCUAAAGGAAGAAGAUAGUGACGAUGAAUUAAUGUAUGCACAAAAGAAACGUUAUGUAGAAGUUAAUCAUGUAAGGAAAUUUAAUUUUAAAGAUGAAAAUAAGACACGACUUGCUGAAGCAGAACGUAUUAUACAAGAACGUCUAAAGGAUAAAACUAGACGAUUUAUUAGUAAAACUACAUUUGAAAAAAAUCAAGCUAAACCAAAUCCAUUCCAUGCUGUCGCAGGUACAUUCUUUUUUUCACUUGUCCGUGGCCAGCGCACACAACAGAUGAUAUAUUCCAAAACAGAUCGCAUUGCUCAUGAUAUUGAUAUAAUGUUAUUGGUAUAUUUUAUGCGUACUGUUGCUGUUAUUGUAAUGGGUGCACAGAAUUGUCCAAUAAUACCAAUAAUCACACGUGAAGUAUUCGAUUUAUGCACUUUUAUACGUUUUAGUGCAGAGCCACGGGUGCGCUUAGCAGUUAUGGAACUAAUUGGUAUUACACUUGUCACUACACCACGUUUUAUUCUGGUGGAGCAGUUCACUGAGCAAAUCUUGGAAAUAGAAAACUGGCUGCGAGACAUUAUAAAAUCACCUUAUGUUGGAGGAGAAUCAUCCGAUGAGUGUAGGACACUUGCCACGCAGAUUUUACAAAAACUUUAUGCAGCGCGAAAUGAAGAAGCAUCACAAUUAAUGUAAAAUUAAAUAUGAAGCAAUUUUUAAGUUUAUAUAUAAU